UCACCCUGCGUGGAUAACAGGAGUAGGAAGAGACAGAGGAACGGCCAACAAUUGGACUGACUUCACCUUCCUCUAUUCACUGGAAGAACUACGGAGUUCUUCCACUGAGAUAUUAUUCCAAAAUAUAUUUUCCACCCUCCCUCCCCAUUUAAUCAUUAUGAAUGCAAUAAUGACUGCUGUGGUGUCAACCACCUGCCACCCCAACGCCACAAGAUGCUCCGGGACGUCGUGCCUGGUUUCAGCAAGCCACUACAACGAGGUCCUGAACAAGAUUCUCAGAAUUGUCAUGACCGUCAUGGUGGCCUUGGUCAUGUUCGCCAUGGGCUGCAAUGUGGAAGCCAGGAAGCUGUGGGAACAACUCAGAAAGCCCUGGGGAAUCGCCAUCGGCUUCCUGUGCCAGUUUGGCAUCAUGCCUUUCACCGCCUUUGCCCUGUCGCUGGCGUUUAACGUGCUGCCCAUCCAGGCCAUGGUCGUCAUCAUCAUGGGCUGUUGCCCUGGGGGCUCCAGUUCAAACAUCAUUGCCUACUGGCUGGACGGAGACAUGGACCUCAGUAUCAGCAUGACAACCUGCUCCUCCAUCCUGGCCCUGGGGAUGAUGCCUCUGUGUCUGCUCAUAUACACAUCUGUCUGGACCUCUGCUGACACCAUCCAGAUCCCCUACCAAAGCAUAGGUAUCACACUGGUGUCUCUCCUCAUUCCUGUCGGCCUGGGAAUCCUCAUCAAAAGCAAGUUUCCCAACGCAGCCAAGAAGUUCCUUGUGGUGGGUUCCAUCGUGGGCGUGCUCUUCAUCGUCGUCUUCACAGUGGUUGGUGCAGUGCUGUACCAGUCCUCCUGGAUCAUCUCUCCCUCUCUCUGGAUAAUCGGAGCCAUCUACCCGGUUGUGGGAUGCGUCCUGGGCUUCUUCAUGGCCCGCUUUGUGGGACAACCCUGGCACAGGUGUCGUACCAUCGCCCUGGAAACCGGCUUCCAGAACUCACAGCUGUGCAGCACGAUUGUCCAACUGUCAUUCACAGCCGAAGAGCUGGAUGUCGUCUUUGCUUUCCCACUCAUUUAUAGACUUUUCCAACUGGUGGUGGCCGUCAUGUUUGUAGCAGGUUAUCAGAUGUAUAAGAGGAUGUGUAGACGGAGUUCAUCAAAGUCAGACCGCCAGGGAGCAGAGGGGGACGCAGAGACACCUCCUUCCAAGGACAAGCAGCAGAAUGCUCUGGAAAAUGGUGGCUUUGAAUGUGACAAGAAAAGCAACACUGGACUAAAGCGCCAGAUCACCCAGAUGUGAGCAUGAACAGGCCACAGGACUCUUGGACAGUUAACAGUAUUGCAGCGUCUCGGGAUCAAUAGCUACAGACUUCCCUGUCAACCAUGCCAUCAAUGAACACUACAUGCCAUCUACAGGCUGGAGGUGUGCAUUACAGGUCUAGACAUCAAUAACGCCCUAGUCAAUUUCCCACAGUGUGACCUACAUAGCUUUAUGUAGUGUUAUUUUUCUCCAGUAGCAAGUGGCAACAAAGGAAGCAACGAUGGCAAUAUAAGCUAUUCCUGCCAAAGGGCAUGAUACACCCAACCAAAGCCACGCGUCCAACUCCCAUUCAUUUCAAAUUGAUAUUUGCGUCGAUAAGCGAUAUAUGCAGCGGAAGGUUAAACUGCGCAAUUCUGGCUUGGGGAGCAGUUUACCAUUUCGACAACAUCAUUAUUACCCUCGCAUAUAACCAAUCACCGGGGUUGCUGUUAUGUUUCGCUGGAAUCUCUUUGCAUGUUGGACAACCAAAGCUGAUCCCAAAUCAUCCUUUGUUGGACAACCAAUGAACAUGUAUCUGCUCUUUCAGAGCUAUAUUAACAACAAAUAACUAUGAAAGGCACUCAGACAGCAGCGGAGCUUGUUUGGGAUUGACAAGUGUACACUAACAUACCGUUAAUAUCGUCAUGUUGCCCAUAUUGUAUUUGUAUUUUAUAGGUGUUCAUAGUGGUUUUAUAGUGGUCGUUCUAAUAUAUAAGCACAUAUUUUUAUUUUAUUUUUGUCAACUAUAGCUUAUAAAUAAAGACAAAUCUAAAUCGA